UGACAGAAGGAACUGGCCAGGGGCCUUAUGAGGCACAGCCAGGAAGCUGCUGCUGCAUCCUCCAUCUGCCACCUUGGGCAGAUUAGGCCUCACUUUACCUAAUGAUAGGGCCAGCCCAUAAUUUAAGUAGCUCAGGUGGUAGGAAAGGUCUUUGUCCGAGACCCUGCUAUUCCUAGGGUACCUCCAGACCGGCCCUAUCUUGCAGGAGGGAUUCAAGCACAUGCUGGAUUUAAAAUUUUAGUAUAAUGUCCCAAAUGUGCAUUUAGUAAACCUAUCACUAGGUGGUGCUUGGAGAUAGAUUAUUCACAUUGCUGAGUGCCCAUAAUUGCUAAGAUAUGCAGCUGUGUCACCUAAGGUAAUGAAUUGUUGCUCCCAUUAAUUCAUUACUCCGUGUACCUCCCAUUGAUUCAAAUUAGUCAGGCAAUGACUAUUUAUUCCUCAUCAUUCCAUCCAUCUAGUGCCAUUCAUUUGGCCCAACCUGUUCAUACUAAUACAGUAAACUCAUGUAAAUAUUCCUGUGUUCGUAACAAGUCUAGUGAAUGGAAGUACAACAAAACUGAGGAUUCAUCUGCCUCAAGAUCACACAGAAAAUUUGGUAGCAAAGUAACACAUGGACAGAACCUAAGAUUAACAGCAGCACAUUUUCUUUGCUGAUAAUGGUGUUUCUUCACUGAAAACUCAAACUACAGCAAGUCAUUAAAGCCUCAUAGAAGUGAAGCCCAUGGAAAGGUGAGAAGAACAAGACUCCUUGAUGCUGCAGACAACUCCACAUCAGAACACUGAAGUCUGAACUGAAAGCAAAAUGGCUGCCUUCAUUGCUGAAAACUUCCGCUUCCUUUCGCUUUUCUUCAAGAGCAAAGAUGUGAUGAUUUUCAAUGGCCUGGUGGCUCUGGGCACUGUUGGAAGCCAAGAACUUUUCUCUGUGGUUGCUUUCCAUUGCCCAUGCUCCCCAGCCAGGAACUACAUCUAUGGCCUGGCUGCCAUCGGUGUAUCAGCUCUGGCCCUGUUCGUCAUUGGUGUCAUCUGGAACCACCACACUUGGAACUUGGUAGCUGAGUGCCACAAACGAGGAACCAAGAACUUUUCAGCAGCAGCCAACUUCUUGAUCUUUGGCUCUGUCAUGGGACGGGCUGCCGUUGCUCCUGUCACAUGGUCCGUUAUCUCACUGCUUCGUGGAGAGCCUUAUGUCUGUGCCUUGAGUGAAUUCAUAGAACCUACAUCUCUGGAUAAUUUUCCACCUGGUUACGGAGCAGAAACCAUGGCCAGGUUCCCUUGUAACGAUGUGCCACAAAACAUGACAAGAUUUAAGGAUGAAGUUAUAAGGCGAUUAAAAUAUGAGUCUCAGCUGUUUGGGUGGAUGCUCAUUGGUGUGGUUGCAGUUCUUCUGUUCCUCACAAAGUGCCUCAAACACUGCUGCUCACCACUCAGCUACCGCCAGGAGGACUACUGGGAUCUGUACCGCUCCAGCGAGGCCAAACUCUUCCAGCGCACUGCUCAGAUACACUCAAAGGUUGUGGCUGCAAACAACGUCAAAAACUUCUUUGGCUUUGUGUGUCUGGAUAAGGAGGAGAAGGAGUUGGUGCAGGAAUUUGCUGUGGAAACUCUUCAUCCCAGGCCACAAUGGGAAGCCAUCACAGGGGUCUAUAUCUAUCGGGAGAAGAAUGGCUCCCCCCUCUAUAGCCGUCUCCAUAAAUGGGCCAAAGGUAUGACAGGAAACAGCUUAGGUCCUGACAGCCAGGAAAUGGCCUUCCUAGCUACCUAGCAGAUGCUGUGGACUUAAAUACAUUUCCCUGUUGGGAGUAAAUCCCAUUGAACUCAAUAGGGUUUACUUCUGAGUACACAUGCAUAGAAUGAACUGCACUAGAAGAGUUACCACCGCUCUUGGUACAUCCAUGCUGUAACCUACCUUCAUUUUAUCUGUUGACCUAAGCUCUCAGCAAAAGAGAUGGCUAAUGGAUUUGAUGCGAGUAUUCAUCCAAAAGACUACAUUUCGAAACAGAAAUUGAAGGAGCGGCAGAAUUGUCUGGAACUAUGGACUACUAAACUAAGACCACAGGACUGCGUGUCAAAGAGAAUCAUAAAUCUAAAAGAAAACAUUGCAGCUUAUCUCUUGGAUGGGGUCAGCUGGUCUGAUACCCAGAGGCCUCUGACGUAUUCCCAUACAAUGGAAAGAAGAGGAAAUGAACUGGAUGUUCUGCUUACUCAAAAAUUGCUGAUCAUUUUCCUCCUCAUUUUGGAGACAAUAUAAUGCCAUCAUGCAGCUGUGCCUUAACUUACUUUUGUUUGACUUCCUCAAACAAAAGGGCUCAAACAUAGGAACCUGUAGUCCUCCCAGAGGCUGAAGAACUCCAACUCACAUCAACCCCACACAGAAUGGCCAAUGAUCAAGGGAUGAAGGAUGCUGUAAGCUGGAAACAUGAAGUAGGCAACAAAUUUCUGAUUGCUAGUACAGGAAAUUAUCAGUGGAGUCUCUCAGAAACCUACUUCCCUAUCAAGAUUCAGGGCUAGGGCCCAUGGGAUUGGCUGAAUUCUGCUUUUGUGAGUGGCAUCUGUCCUGUACUUCCUCCACAGGAUUAAAAAAAACACCCCUAACUAACCUAGACUGGAUUAUUUUAUUUAAUGGACAAGACUCUGCAGUUUGCACUUUUAUGAUCCCGUUUCUCAUUAUGACUCUUGUACAUGCCUUCCCAUGUACUGGACUUCAGAUGAUAGCACAAUUGUCUACCAGCAAAGAGCUACCAUUGCUUUCCCCAUUUAUUACAAUUAUCUUCAUAUCCUUUUCCCAAAAUGUUGCAAGGUUCAUCUUAGUUUGGGGACCAUCCUUUCUUAGUAAAAGUUUGUGGGUGAGAGUUGAAGAUUAUGGUAAAGGGUCCUGCUUCAAGGGUCUGUUAUCCAAAGGGUGACUCCCCACAUUAUUAAAUCAGGGAUUUUAUCUAAUUACCUGAAUUGCUGCUAUACAGAAAAGCACUUCUAUUUAUUUCCAGGAUGGCUAAUAGGUGAGCUCCAGAUAUUGGACUUCAGUUCCAAUCAGCUCUAGCCAGCAUGGCAAAUGGUCAGAUUAUGGGAGUUGCAGUCUAACAAUAUCUAGAAGCGCACAGGUUCCCUAUCCAUGACAUAUUCUACCUUUGGCAAUUUAUUAACAUUUAGUAUCCUCAGCAAAAACCAUAAUCAGAAUUUGAUUCCUGCUUGGAGUUUUAAGCCACACUAAGAUGAAGAGAAGACCUGAAGAGCUCCCUUUUCCUGUCUGAGGGAUCCUAUAAGAAGUCCUGUAUCAUGUAAUUUGAUUUUGUGUUUUUUCACUCCACGGCUUUUUCUAAACGCUGCUUUAAUUUCUCAUGGCUUUUAUGGUCUUCCUUAUUCAAAUAUGGCACAGACACAUGGACUGUAUAAACAACAUGAUCCAAGGUAUGUUUUGUUAUUUUUCAUGGUUAAGUCCAGUAAAUGCUGCAACAGUCACCUUUCAAGUGACUUAACCAUAGCUGUCAAGUUUUCCCUUUUCUCGCGAGGAAGCCUAUUCAGCAUAAGGGGAUUUCCCUUUAAAAAAGGGAGAACUUGACAGCUAUGGUCUUAACACCCGCAUCUUCUUGGGCAUUCAAGACAUUCACAAGAUUUAUGUGAAAUUGUAACAUUAAACCAGUAUGGUUCUGUGAAGAAAUCUAACAUUAGUCUCACAUGUGUCUGUCACAUACCAAAAUCUAUAGGCAUUGCAACUCACUCACCCCAGCUUACUAUACCCCACUGCUGGCAUGGAUAAAAAGGGAUGGGCUAGGCCUGCUUUUCCAGGUCAGUUCUGUGUAAAUGAUCAGAAGAGUUCUUGUCCCUUGAAUUAAUCUGGUGAUCUGAUGAUUUUACAUCAGUUCUGUGUUGUUUGUAAAAUAUAUUCUGCUUGUCCCAAUUGUAUUAUUGCAAAGCUUUUUGAUAAGGAUCAAGUAGGCACAAAAGGGAUGGAAGCAGUAACAAUUGGGAUGUAAAAGAGAAGGGACACAAGAUGUACAGCUGCUAAACGUUAAGAGAAUAGAUGUGAGACAUUACCCCUACAUUAUUCACUAGGAGGCUAGGACUUUUUCUGUUCACCAGUUAAAUAAAUUACAUUCUUAGGAUUCUGUGCAAUGCAAAUAUAGGACAGAAAGCGUAGAAGAAAAAUUAAGAGUUUUGCCUUGGAAAGUGUUUCUAUUUGGGUCAUGGCUAUAUGACAAAUCAGAUAUCAGAGGACCAUUCUCACCUAUUUUUACAUCGUGUUUAGGUGUUAAGUAUAUGUGCCAUUUUUAAAUAAGGGCUGGAAAACAGCCCUGGCAUAAAUUCAUAAAGUACGACAUCAGUGAGUAACUCCAAAUCUUGCAUAUUGGCAUAGCCAAAAGUUCUCUCUUAAGUCAGAUUUAUGGUAGACUAUGUAUGUGUGUAUGUAUGUAUGUAUGUAUGUAUGUAUGUAUGUAUGUGAGAAUGAAUCUAAUGAGACAAGCCAAAAAACACACCCUAGAAU